AUGACAAGACUUUUCAGGAAUGUAACCCGACAAGAACUCGUCGAGGCUCGAGGAAAAAUCAGUGGACUCGAGAGGGAAAUAAGAACUCAGAAUAGGGAAGCAAGAGACGGAAAAGCCAAGAUUGGAGAGCUCGAAGGGAAAAUCAACGCGUUGCAGAGCGAGAACUCUGACCUCGAAACCCAAAUAAGUCGAACGAUGACUUUGAUCUUGGAUCUGAAUGGAUGGUCGUAUUUGGCAAAAAGCUCUUCUUGGUACAAGGCUUUCGAUCAAAGAAUGACAUUUGAUCAAGCCGUGGCAUAUUGUGCGAGUCGAAAGAGCCAUUUAGUCUCAAUUCACAGUCAUGAAGAGAACGAUUUUGUUUGGGAACUCGCGAAAACUGUUCAAGCCUUUCAUGGGUUCUGGAUCGGACUGAAGAGAAAUCCGAACAAAGGAAAUGCUUUGGAAUGGACGGAUGGAAGUUCGGUGGAUUUCACGAAUUGGAAUGGAGAAGAGCCGGAUUUGAACACCCACACUUGGCUUCUGAGCUACAAUGGGAAAUGGGGAGUCUAUCCUCCUACCCAGCAGAUUCUUUUGAUCUGCAAAAGGAGCUCUCAAUUC